UAAAACCCCCAAAAGCUGGAGUUAUUCGGCCAAAAGGUGGGGCCGAGUCAGGUGAUGAUGAUCAUCAUCAGUAGCAACAAAAGGGACAUGUCGGUGAAAACAGUGUUCGGUUACAGCUUUGUUGGAGCCAAAGUGGUUAUUACAAAUAAAACAAUCUGUAGCUAAGUUUCAGUAAGAUAUAAUUUCGUAAAGUAAGUUGUUUAAAAGCGAGAGACGGCGGAGGAAGCCCCUCUGGUAGUGUGUGGGAGGGGCGACACCAGCCCAACCGCAGUCAGUCAGUCAGUCGCUCGCUCGGUCGUUAGGUGCUGAAGCUGACCAGAGGAGUACCACCGAAAUCUCGCUCUUAUUUUUUUGAGGGGGGUUAUCCAUCUGGAUGCCACUUUGCUCCACGACCCGCCCUGCUGUGGCCGAUGGAAACAGACAUCCGUAGAAAUGUGCGCGCAUGUAUUCGGAGUUUUGAAAAGCCUGUUUGGGAAGCCCUUUGAUGGUGGGAAGAGGAUGGACCAUGGCGGCCCACAGCAGCAGCAACAUCCCAUGGAGCAGCAGCAGCAGCCGUACCACCCGCAGCACCCCGCCAUGAUGCGGCUGUACGAGGUGCAGAAGGAGGUGGCGUCUCUGGGCCCUCAGGUCUGCACCUUCAGCGGCCUGCAAAACGACCGUGACUACAAGCGGCUGGAGCGCGAGCUGACGCGGCUGCUGCUGGAGGUGGACCAGGUGGACACGGAGGGGAAGGCGGAGCUGCAGGGGGCGCGCAAGAGGGCGGCCCAGGAGGUGGAGGGCCUCCUGCGCUACCUGGAGGAGAACGCCACCCAUCCGUCCCGCGUGGCCAUCGAGGAGCUGAGCAACGAGGCGCGGCAGCUGGUGGACGACCGCGUGGUGGCGCCCCAGCGCUCCGGCGGCGUGGCGGAGAUCAACGACGAGCUGGUAGACGCCCUGCAGGAGAUCGUACUGCGGCUGACCCAAGUCAAGACCGAGGGGCGGGUGCCGCUUCGCAAGGCGCGCUACCGGGCGCUGACGCGCAUGUGCGCCGUGCAGGACGUGAUCGAAGGGCGCACGCAGCAGCAGACCCUGUCCCUGCCGCUGUCGGGGGACACCCACGAGGCCGUGCACCGCAUCAACCAGGUGAUGGUGAAGGUUAGCGUGGCGCGCAGUCAGCUGGUGGCGCUGCUGAUGGGCCUGAGCGGCCGGGACAGCUGCACCCACCUGUCCCGAAUCCUCACCGAGAUGCAGGUGGAGCUGGACGCUCUGGAUGUUUCCGGGAACGCGGCCAUCCGCAACUACAGGAAACAGGUCGUGGAGGAGAUCAACGGGCUGCUUAAACAUCUGGAUCUGGAGGUGGAAGGAGACGACACGCGCAGGUACGACUUGGGGCAGAACAACUCCAUCCGUGAGAUUGAGGCGGUGCGAGCUCACGUCUCCCACCUGCGAGACGGCGUCCUGCGGCACUGCAUCAUGGGGGAUCUGAGCUUCAGGCCCAAGGCCGAGCUGCAGAGUCUGCUCACUCACCUGGACCAGGUGGACACGGGCAGAAACCCGUGCAUCCGGGAGGCCCGCCGCCGUGCCGUGGUGGAGGUCCAGGCCAUCAUCACCUUCCUGGACCUGCGCGAGGCUCUGGCCCGCCGCCAGCCGGGCCCCAGCGAGCACCCGUCGCACCGGGCCGUGUGGCUGGUCCUGGGCAGCCUCUCGGACCUCCAGGCCCAGGCACUGGGCUUCGACGGCAAGCGACUCGACAAGAGCUACAUGAUGCUCGAGGAGCUGCUGACCAAACAGCUGCUGGCGCUGGACGCCGUGGACCCGCAGGGCGACGAGACCACCAAGAUGGCGCGGAAGCAGGCCGUGAAGUUUGCCCAGAACAUUCUCAACUACCUGGACAUGAAGACGGACGAGUGGGAGUAUUGAUCCGUUUCAAAACAUCCCGGUGUGGUAGCCACGUUGCUAGACCGACACACCAGAUGGGACGUCGCUGCAGGAAAGAAAGGAGCUGAUAAUGUGUGUAAAUUAAAAAAACAAACAAAAAAACUGGUACGUUAUCAUUCCACGGGCUGUACAUAUUGACUCAAAUCCCCAGAAUGCACUGCAGCAGCGCUUUUCUUUUGUCUUUGUGGUAGUUGUGGCUGAACCUGAGAAAAACACAGAACUCCUUUUUUCAAACACACUUUGAAUUUUUGUUGUGCUUUUUGAAGAUUUACUUUAAUGUGUGCAAAGAUGUGUGCCUGUGUCUGUGUGAGUUGUCAUCGUGUGUGUGUGUGUGUGUGUGUGCUCCCAGACUUCACUUGUUAUCGAUAAAGUGUGAUGGAUUGCUUAGCAGUGAUCUCCCCUUCUGGCCUGAUUAAUCUGAGUUGCUAAUGGAGACCGUCAAUGCAUGUGUUAAAUACAGUGACCUAAUUAUGGAGUCGUCCACGGCUACUGCCUCGGUCCAGAUUGUGAUACCUGUUGUACUGUGCUGAUUAUGGGCGCCAAAAGUAUAUAUAAAAAAAAGUCAAAUUCCUGGAGCGUUUUUAUUUUGGUUUUGCUGCAGUUUUGUAUUGAAAUCAAAUUUGGUUUGAAUGUAUUUGGCAAAGCAGAUGGUGUGAACAAAUGUCAAAUGGGAAAUUUGAUCUGCAGUGAAAAUUUGAGAGAGAUUUUUUUUAGAGGCAGCAUCAAAGGUGAAACAUUAGAAGCCAAGCUGUGGCGUUUGCACAAACAUUAAAGUGGUAUUGAAGCCAGGCAAUCUGUGUUUGAACAGUUAGGAGUUUGCUUUAUUGACGUAAGGUCACUCUCCACUGCUGCGUGAUCCUGUUUAUCCCCUCUGUGUCUCUGGUAGCGCUCCAAAUUCACGAAAAAUCCUGCAAACCACAGCUGUCGUUGGCGAGCUGUCAAACGACGAGAAAUGCAGCCGAGAUACAGAUAAAGUUAGCAGUCGAGAUUUUAUGUUGUGAGGAUGUUUGAAAAGAUAAAAGUACCUUUCCCCUCGCUGUUUGUGUAGUUAGUCUGUAAUAUGUUUGUUGUGACUGUAUGAUCGUGCUAGGCUAUAAAUGGAUCAGGUUUUUUAAAAUUCAGAGAUAGAAGAAAGAGGAGGUGGUGGAAUUUUUGCUGCUUUUUGUUUCUACCCACUACUUUCUACUGACUGGGACUGUGAGAGGUCCCCGGGGAGAGGAAGAGGAAGGGAGGCUGAGGCAGUGAUAUCCUCUGGAUUGACACAUCAAGGCUGAAGCUCACAGGGACGGCAGUCGGCUCCUGUGCGGUACAGAGCAUUGAUGGUAAUCGCAGUCGACACAGCCUUCUAGAAACUUCUCGAAGCUGCUGCUCAAGACGGUGGGAGGAGAGGGAAAGGGAGAGGACUGGAAGAGAAAAGUCCCAAAAAAUCUCUGUGCCUUUAGUUUCACCCUUCCCUGUGAACCGGUUUGUGUAAAAGCAGCCUUGUAGUGAGUAGGAAGUCAUUUUUGAUAUGCAUCAACGCUAAAGCACUGAAUGUGUUAGUGGAGAGCACCCCGGCUCUUAUCGCCACAAGAAAUUUGCACUACUUGUCAGAAAUUGAGGCGUUUUUUGAAUCCGUAUUUGUUCCCUGAUGAUAAAAGACGUAAGGUUCAGGUCAAUAUUUUGUGGUAACACAGAAUGACAACGCUGCUUUGCAGCAGGCAAUAAAAUGAGUGACAUUGUGCUUUCACACUGCAAACAGCCUGGCUGCUGAUGGGGCCGAUCUCUGGCUCUCAAUGCAAUUUUAAAAGCUCAUGCUAGACCUCUAAAACAGCGGUUGACGAAUCACACCUUAUUCAGGAGCUCUUCUGGAGCUUUCAAUCAUAUCGCAUUAUCUUCAUCAGCUGAGUUUAACCCAGUGGUCAUGGAAAUGUAGAUGUUCAAAUUGACAUUUUUCUGAGCAUUUUGAGGAAUUUAAAGCAGCUAUAAUCAAUAUUUUUAUGUCAAACAAUGGAUCAAAUGACAUGUACGUAAAAGGGGUCGCACGUACGGAACUCAGAGAAUUAUCACCUGACUCUGCAGUUCCCCACAGCCCUACAGAGCUUUUUAGCACCUUACAGCUCAUUGAUUGGGUUUUGCGGCAACUUUGCUGUUUUGGUUCCCUCUCACAGCUCUCAUAGCAUUGUUUCCAGCAGCAGCAGCAGGCAGCUGUUUUUUUAACAAAACAUGCUCUCAUAAACCCACUGUAAACUACCUGCUCAGCAGCAAACAGCAGAGUAGUGGAGCGUUUAUCAGCUAAAAAGACAGAUAUUUCUCUCAGGAGUUGGUGGAGACCAAAAACAGCUAAAAGAGAGAGAGAAUAUUAGUUACAUUUAUCAGGUGGACACAAACACUACUACAAAUGAAUGAUAAUGUUGCUCCGUAACUGCUGGAUGUGUUAAUACACAACUGUUUGUUAACAUGUUUGCCCCAUCAACUUUAUAAGGUGAUGAAAUGUCAAUGCUGUGCCCCUAAGAAGCCAAAGGUCUGUUAAUGCAAGUUUUAAAAACAGGAAUUUAGGCAAAUUCAAGAAUGAAAUUUGAAACUCUUCA